AUGUCGCAGAAGGAUAAUUUUACGUUUCGUAGGGCCGAAAAGACGGAUAUGAAAGUCGUGAUAGAAAUGAUACAAGAACUGGCCGACUUUGAGCGCAUGAGCGACGGCCCGCAGCUGAGCGAGCAGGAUCUGAUACGUGAUUCGGGCUUGGAUGGCGGACACGAGUAUUGUCAAGUCUAUGUGCUCACAGACAAUGCUACAAACGCCAGCAUUGGCUAUGCGAUCUGCUUCUACUCGUACUCCACCUGGCAAGGACGUUCUCUAUUUCUUGAGGAUCUCUAUGUACGUCCGGCUUAUCGUAAGCAGGGCACCGGUGCGCGAAUCUUUCGGGAGGUAGCAGCCAUUGCGGUUCGACAGGGCUGUCGGCGAUUGGACUUCCAUGUGCUCAGCUGGAAUCCGGCAUGCGGAUUCUAUAAUCGUCUAGGCGCAACGAAUUUAACCCAGUCGGAAAGUUGGCAAUUUUACCGCGUAGAGGAGCAACAAUUGGCCAAGCUAGCUGAAGAAUUAAACAGUUAACGAGUUGGAAGUUCUUUGAUCUGUCUAUUAUGUUGGCCUUAUUAACAAUAAAUAAUACUUUGCUAAA